AUGCAAAACGAGAAACCCUACCCCAAAUUCACCGACCUCCCGCUUGAUGCGACGCAUCCGCCGCACACGGCAUGGGGGCUUUACGGGCUGGACGAUGAGCUGGGUACCCUCAAUCAGCUCACGCCCGAGCGCACCGUCGUUGCUGCCAGGGAGAUCAAGACCGGGCUGCGCUUCGGGCUAAACUGGGGGCUCGAGCAGAUGGACUACACCGGCUCGCCUGCGUUCCGGGAGGUGCUGAAGCACGAGAUUUUCGAGAUUGGGAAGAACAUGCAUGAUGAUCGGAUUACAUUCAAUACGCAAACAAGCACCCAGUGGGACGGCCUUCGGCAUUGGGGGUUCGAUGAUGGGACGUUCUAUAAUGGGUUCACGCAGAAGGAGAUGCUGGGCGGGAAGACGGACAGGCUGGGGAUUCAGGCGUGGGCGAAAGCGGGCAUCGUGGGGAGAGGCGUACUGCUGGAUUUUGUGUCGUACGCCGCGCGGAACGGCAUGAAGUACGAUCCGCUGGAUCACUAUGCAGUGUCGCUGGCGAUCGCGAAAGAGAUGGCUAAGGAAUGCGGGUUUGAGUUUCGGGCUGGAGAUAUUAUUCUCUUGCGAACAGGCUUCACGACUGCGUUUGAGAAAGCGUCUCUCGAGGAAAAGAAGGUCGUCACGGCGAAGAAACCGUUCGGGUAUCCAGGUUUCGAGAGCACGUUCGAGGUGCUCGGGUGGCUGUGGGAUACGAAAAUUGCAGCCGUGGCAGGCGACUGCCCGGGGUUCGAGGCAUGGCCUCCAACCAAGAACAUGAUGCAUCAGAUCUUGCUUGCUGGUUUCGGCAUGCCGAUUGGUGAGAUGUUUGCCCUGGAUGAUUUGGCUGCGGAAUGUGAGAAGCAGAAGCGAUGGACGUGCUUCGUGACGAGCGAGCCAUUGAACGUGAAGGGCGGUGUUGCAAGUCCGCCAAAUGCUCUGGCGAUAAUGUAA